AUGGAGCCGCGGUUGCCAGAGGCGCUGCGGCUACCGCGCAUGGCUGGGAGGGAGGGGGAUCUACGCAGAGUGUUUGUGAGCGUGCUCGCCCUAAGCGUCAGUCGCCCGCCCAAAUCCACGCCGUUGCCGCUGCCUCUUCCUCUGUGCGCGUGUGUCCUGCUCCCAGUCUACCAACCGCUGGCCGCAUCCGAGAGCGGUCCUGAGGGAGGCAGCAAGGAAACUGAGCAGAGCUCAAGCGGCGGCGUGUCCGCCCACUACGAGCAUGUACAUGACCCAUGCGCGCUGGUUGACAAGCAUGAUGACGAGCUCGUGAUGGCAUGGACAAGGACUACACCGGCAGAAGCACAACAGACGCUUCGACACGCAGCCGUCUUCGUGCUUACUGACCCCAUAUACUGGGACGCAGAGCUGCCCAUCGGGCUGCUGUUCGUGUACACGAUAAAGCGUGACAGCAAUGGUGAGCGUGAGAACAUCCCGUUGUACUCGGCGUGA